CAUAACAGUUUAGCUUCAUUCCGAAAGGAUCUAAACGAAGCCCAAAAUUAUACGUAUUUUCCUUGCUUAAAUUUGUUGUAUAUAAAUAUGCCGAAACACACUCCAUACACAUGGCGCCAACCGGACUUUCCCGGUGAUGAAAGCGACGUGGCCUGGAAGGAUCCCACCCUGCUGGUCAUCUGCCAGAAUGCCGAUGUGGCCAAGGCGAUGCAGCCGCUCAUACACGCCCUGAAGCAGCCUUUUGCUCCUGGCCUGGUGGUCAGUGUCUUUGUCCACGAGACGAUGAGGGAUUCGUUUUGUGAUCAAGUGCGCAACUCCAUGGAACGAAUGCACCACCAGGCGGCCUCUCACUCCACCUAUGUGAAGGCAGUGGAAAUGAUUAAUUGUCUCCAGGCGGAAGUGGUCAGCAUGCUGACGCCAGACGACAUUCGCUUCCAGUUCAGAAUGUCUGAUGCUUCGCCGGUUAUUGUAUGCGAAUUCGAUCAUAGUUUCUUUGGAGGAUCGCGACCCAGUUCGGUGGUGACUUUGCACACAUUUCGCAAUGCCACCGAAUUACCCCGUCUUUUGGCCACCGAACGUGUGCCAUUUGUAAGUGUCGCCGUUUGGGGAAGCCAUAUGGCCACCGUUUAUGAGGCGGCUUUGCAAUUGGAUAUCUCAGUAGUGUAUAUCAACUGCCACGGAAUAUCACUGACUCCCAUCAAGAGCUUUCUCGACGCCGGAAAGCCGCACGUGGUGCUGGCCCAGUACCAUCAUUUCGAGGUGAUUCUCCAUGGCGGCAAGCAUCGGGCUAUCGUGUAUCCGGCUAUAAUACUCGGCGAGCCACCAGUCCGGGCAUCGGCGGGAUCGGAUAAAAAGUCCGCAAAGGAAGAGCAGCGGCGUGUGAAAGAUGUCAAAAAACGAGAUGAGAAAUCCUCGCCAAAUUCCAAUGUCGAUUGUUACCACACGCUCAUAUUGAAAUUAAAUUAGCACAGUGCGCAAAUAGGUUACAUAACAUACAAUUUUACUCUUGGCAUAAGAAUAAAUUUUUAAAGGU